UGCGUUUAUAAAAUACCAGUUGAAGAGCAGAACUGAUCAAUCCCAAACGAGCAGUCAUCGCGUCAGGAUUUCAGAAGAUGCGUGUUGUGUUCAUAAUAUAGACGACAGCUGUUGGAUUUAAUUGGUCUUGAACGUGAAGAUAAAGGUGUUCGGUUGGGUUGGCAUACGAGCGAUUAGCGAAAUUUACCGUCAGAAAUCUGAGUAUUAACAUACGUACAGGACUAGAAAUGCAAUGGAUAUUCAGUAGAAUCAUGAUAAUCGAAAAUUUAUUCGAGGAAGACAGAUCAAGUGACGAAAGGAAUCAGACAAUUGAAGGACAGCAGAUAUACAAAAUAUAAAGUGACAUAAGGAAUAAGAAAUAUAAAGUGACUUUGGAAAUCAGGAGGAUAAGGUUACAAAAGAAAUGAAAAUGUAUAAGAUGAGAACAGAAUAAAAGUGAGAAAGUAACUUGAUUAGGAUGAACAAACAGGUAGCAGUUUGAACGCAAACAACACAAUGCAAUUAGUUGUGCAAUAGUUUAAACGAAAGGUUCAUAAGAGCAGCUUUAUAAAAACUUGGGUUAAAAUACGGAAGAUAAAACGAAAUUAUUAAGUAAAACGGAUUAAUAAACAAUAGAAAACACGUUGACAACAAGCAAAGCAAAUCUUCUUCUAGGAAAAUAAAAUAAAUAUGUACAAUAUAACAACUGCAAUAAUCCCCUUGGUGACUUUGACCGUAAUGGAUAAUGUAACAGAUAAUCAUGAUAACAGGACGUCUAGCAACAGCGGUGAAUAUCAAGGCUACAUAGAGCCCACUCAGCUUUGUAAGCUAAUAUUGAUUGUAUUCGGGUUUUUAGCAAAUGUGUUCUCAAUAUUGGCUACAUUAAAUGUUCCUCGCGAGCGAUGGUCUCCGUAUAACACUCUAAUAAUCAACUUGGGAGUAUCUGAUAUCAUGGUGAUACUCUCCUGUGUUCUUCAUGAGAGCCUCAUGCUUAUAAAUCGCCACCUCCCUUGCACGCCUGUUCUGAAUCGGAUGUUCCUCAAUAUCGCGCUGACGUCAACAUUGUUCAACCUUGUUUUGAUGGCUGUAGACCAUUACGUCGCCAUUAUGCAGGCAUUGUAUUACGAUCGCUUCUUCUCCAAGCAAAAAGUGAAAAUCAUCAUUGCAGCUUUGUGGGUGACAAGCAUAUUAUUAGGAGCGUUGGAUUUAUUUGUAAGUUUACCUAGCUUUCGAAAAGAAGACACAACAUUUUGUGAUCAUGUUAAUACUGUGAAUAGAACAACAUUUAACUACGAACUUGUCAUUGUCAUAUUUAUUUUCAUUGUUCUACUGGGCCUUAUGAUCAUAUACACAAGGAUCUGCUAUCAAGUGAGGAAACUCGUUCGGGAUGACCGCCAUAAUCGGUUGGAAAGUUCCCAUUCCAUGAAAGCCAUUGUCACAACAUUCCUUAUAAUUGGAACAUUUGCACUUUGUUGGUGUCCAAUAGGAUUAUACCACACCGUUCUGUACAUAUGGAAUCCAGCUUAUUCCAAAAUGACUAAAGCUGCUCUUGACAAACUGCGGCUAGUCAACUCGAUUUUGUUCCUGUUCGUCGUAUUAAACACAAUAUGCGAUCCUGUUAUAUACGCUGUGAGAAGAUCCGAAGUGAAACUUGGAUAUAUUAGAGUGUACAAUAAACUUCUACGAAAGAGGAGGAGAUCUUCGUUUUAUGAGAACGAAAUGCACUCACAGUUUAGACGCAGAUAUGAUUCGCGUGAUACGGGAAAUGCCGACAAUACGAUUGUUACAAGACUAAGUAUCUCCGACAAGAGAAACUCGACAUGUACUUCACAUUGCACGUCGCCCACUGAAAGCAGUGAACACUCCAAAUUUGGGCUCGAAGGGGACAAUUGAUCAGAUCAUUUCCAGAUAACAACAGACAAUACUAUUCUUUACAUUGUUAGAAUAAAUGUUUACUGAAGGAUAGUUAUAUUAUGAACACAUAUCAUAAUUUGUUAUAAAUCGCUAUCAGUAUGUCAUAUUUGGAAUGAACUUUUAUUCAUUUUUUAUAAAAGUCCAACAUAUUUAAAUGAAUAUAUGUACACAAUGAACGCACAUGGCUUUCUUAAAUAAUACAUUCGUCUGCUGUUUUAUCAACGAGUUGGUUAAAGUGUUAGGAAUGUUUCUUUCUCAAUGAAAAACUAAUGUAACAUUAACAAAGUAUUCCGUUUGAUUAAUACAAUGCCAGAUCUUAUUUAUUGGGCAAUUACAGUUGUAUUGCUAGCAUAACAGACGGCUGUUAAUAAAAGUUUGAUGGUGCCCUGUUAUAAUCAUGCUUAGCGAGUUUUGAUGGAAUAGUUACCAUUCCUUUUUUUACUUCUGAUCAUUGUUAAUCUAUAGGAAAUAAAUUAAACUGUUGUGCGUGUUAAGUAGGCCAUAACUUAUUUCAAAUCUGACGUAAUAGUACGUGCAGAAUUUUGACAUAUUUUUAAAAAAAAUAUUAUUUUAUCACGCAGAUAUAUGAAUUUAAUGAAAUAUCAUUAAAAGCCCAACAAUGAUACAAUGCACACCAAACACCUUACUCACCAAAUCAAUGGCUACAUUAAAAUGUUUUUCAUUUUGAAAAAAAGCUGUAUAUACUGGUAUAUAUCUUACUGUAAAGCUAUUUGCGUAGGUCGAGCCUUAAACCACAAAAUGUAAUAAUACAAUGGAAAAUACAAAAGAAGCCAUGAAUUCAAAAUCCUGGUUUACACUGGACAUUUGAUAUUAAUAUUAUAUUCAUUCUUAACAACAUUUUCACAAUAUAAACACAAUUUAUGCUCUCUAUCAAUUCUUAAAUUUGCCAAUCAUUAACGAAUUUUAUCAACUGUAACACAGUUCACAUAUAUUUCUGCUUUAAACCACAAUUGUAUAUGUAAGUAAAAUCGAUUAAGUUUCAUAUACUGUGUACAAAUUUGGUUCAAUAAUUGUAGAUGUUGAUUGUUUAAUCUAGUUACAUGGUUUAUGAAAAAGCACUUUCAUUUUCUACAUGCUGUGCCUCCCAAAUAUAUCCAAAACCAUUCCUAAACAGAUUCAUACCCAAUACACUCACACAAUUUACAUGGCCUAUAUUAUCAUAAAAUUUUAGCAUAUUGUAACACAACUUUACAUAUCUUCAUCAGGAAGUUUCAAAUUUUUUAACCAAUAUUUAAGACAACAUUUCGAAGCAUAUAUAUGUAAAGGUAAACGACCUAGAUCACCUAAAACAGCAUUAUUAAAAGCUUUAAAAGAUACAUUUAUAGCAUGCGUAUAAUUAGACAUUUUCAAUAACAUUCAUUGAAGUUAUUCCCCAUAUUUUAGCACCAUAUAACGCUACAGGUGAUAUUUUUGUAUCGAACAUUUUAAAAAAAACUCUGAAGACUUUACAAAAGGUUAUGAUGAAAUACCUUUAAAAAGACCAUGAAUAAUAAUCAUAAAUACUGAAUACUUAGUUUUUUAAUGCCCGGAUACCAACUUCAUUUGUAAGCGGAGGAAUAAUGCUCCUUUGUAUACUUUGUAAAAUAUUAUUACUGAUGAUUUUCGUUUAUAUUUGGGCUUGCUACAUAAUUGUCAUGACUUUUCAUUUUUGUUCGCUUGUCAAAUUCGUAGAGUUACUCAGUUGCAAAACUGAGAAGAUGUGUUAAUACGUGCUUGUAAAUUUUGUUGUAAUAAUUUGACCAUUUAACGAUUUUAACGAUUUAUUUGUGUUCGUUUUUUAUUUUUUUUACAAUUAGUCAGUUGUCAAUUAAUUAUUCAGUUGACAAAUAACAAUCUCACAUUGUAAAUAUAUGUUACUAUACAAUUUCAUUUUCAAAUGGACACUGAAAAACCUCAAUAAUUUGCAAUAAUUAUGUAUUGUUGGUUUGGUGUGUUUGUAUUUUGUCGUAGACAUGAUGUUGUUUUUUAACUACUUUUUCUAUAUAUAUGAAUUGUACGGAAACAGACGAAGUGCGUAGUAAAGGCUGAUUUUUACAUGCUAAAGUGCUCGUAUAAAUGUUUUCUAUAUUAAUUGUCAACAAAAUGUUGUUGUUUUUCGUGUAACUUUACGCUCAAGUGAUAAAAGCAUAUUGAUAAUUGUUUUGCUGAUAUGUUUCAGAAAGUAAAUGUCAGGAUUAGGCAUUUUUUGUCAAUUUAUUACACGUUUAAUUGUUCAG